AUGCUACUAUACAAUCAGUACAAGAAGGCUUCGAUCGCCAAGCUUUAUAAGGACUCACUAGAAUCAUUAGAUCACUCAAACACUUUCUCAACUCCAUCACUCUCACCAAUGUUGAUUAAACAAAUCAUUGAACAUAUCCUGACUAUUCGCAAUGACUCUUUGGACUCAAAAUGGGUGGUAUCGUUAUCAACUGUAUGCAUUGGAUUCCAUCAAGCAGUGUCAUCAGUGAUCUCAAACCAUGUCACACCAUCACUCAACAUUGGCUCCAUGAUCAACCACAUUGGCUCCAAGUACUGCCUGUUCACCAAGGCACCUCUUCAUUUGAAUGCACUGGACCUUCCCUUCCUGCCCCCUGAUCACAUUGAACAAUGUCUUGAUAGUCUGCAAUCAUUGACAGUGCCAUUCGAUUUUGGAGGCAAUAGUGGUGAGAGUAUUAUCUUUAUCAAUGUCCGUAGACAGCCGAAUCUACGAUAUAUCUGUUUCAUGGAGGUCCCCGACUAUAUAAUUGAACGCAAAAUGUGCAAACUAUCCGAACAAAAUAGCCAAGAGCCUUACAGUGUUGUCAAGAUACAAAUGGAUGGAGAUGGAGUGUCUGACUACCAUUCACGAUGCUUCAUUGAGAUGUUCAGAGUCUAUGUCGAUGAUCAUCCAACAUUGCAAGAUAUAGAAAUACACUCAAACUCACCAGCAGGUCCGCCCGCCCUAUCAAAGCUGUCCAGUGACGCUGGCACACGUCUGAACUUCAUUUGGGCUCAUGGUGCACUGGAGAAUACUGGCUACUACAAUUACAUUUGUCGCAAAGGGUAUGGAUAUGAUGAGUAUGAUCUUCUUGGACAUAUGGACGAGAAUGAACUUGACCACAUCACGUUCAUUAACAUGUUCAAGGACCAUCCAGUCCAAAACCUUUACAAGGCCAAGAAUGUCCAACAGAUCAUCCUCAAACCGAGUGAAUAUGCGACGAAACAAAAAGAAUACUCCUUGAACGUUCAGCGAUUCUACGAGGGAUGUCGACAACUAAAGACAUUGUCAUUGGUCGUCACAGAGCUGGAGUUUAUUUUGCCACUCAUUCCCGCACAAGGCACAGCACAAACACUCCAAUUACUGGAGAUCUAUGUCGACGACUGGAUAUCAAUCUCCAAGGAUGAGAUUGGUAAUACCAUACAUGAAAUCAUCACAAAGAUGAUUGCAAUUGUUGAUCAACCCAACCUUAUGAAGAUCACUGUGAGGACUCUCAACCCAAGCUUUAUCUACCUCUCCUUUUACAGAUGUUGUCCAAAGUGUCCACUCAAGGUGGCAAAAGCAGACAACCAAUCGAUCUUAAUCAGCAAUAUGUCAAUAUAA